CAGACUCAAUCAAACCGAGUCUACUAUUAUUUUGCUUGGUUGCAUUCUAUGCUUCAAAAGGAUCUCUUUACAGAUUUUCUUGAUUGUCAUCAUACUAUACAAUAUAUAUGUGAUGUAUUUAAAUUUCGCAUUUAUCAAAUGCGAGUACCAUUACGAACCAGACUUGCUGUAGCAAACCUAAACAAAAAGGUGUAAAAGCUACUGACAGGGUCAACUGGGUACAUUCUUAACCGUGAUAAAAGUUUGUUAUCAGUCCUGGAAUUUCAUACUUGUUCAGGUUCGUGCUUGCUUAGGUUUUAAUUCUGUUUUAUUUCCCAAUAAGUAUCUACUCGUACGGUAUUAAAAUUCAGAUCAUACACUCUUCACACAAAUUUGGUGUACGAGUUCAGUAUGUUUAUUUAUAAUUAAGAUGUACCACGCAACUUGUUUAUCUAAUAUACUUCAGCAGACGAUUUUGUAGAGCUUUCCUACACAUACGGGUACCCGUACAGGUAUGAAAUCGUAACCUCCCUAUAAAAACAUAGGCGGUUUUCGUAUUUAGUUUUAUUCUAAGUCAUGUUUCACCUAAAGCUAGGACUUGUCUUAAGCUUAAACCUAUUAAACAAGUUUCGUGAAACAGCUUUUUGCACAGAUUACUUUUGAGGUAUUUCAUAAACUUUGUUAUGAGUACGCUUCGAGAAACGGAACCAAGUUCUUUAAUUAUAGCACUAUUGUGUUUGGUUGUUGUUUUUAGACGACCCCGCUUCUCUUGUUUGCCAAGUAUUCUUCGAUUUUAUCCAAUGUAUUACACCACCAAUAUCACAGACCUCUUUGCAGAUAGAUUUUUGCUUAAACCAAGUUUCUUUCUACCUUUGAUGUAAACCCUGAUGUCGGUGCACGUGUUCAUGCCAUGACGUGAUUAAUCCUCGCGGAUUACUCGUAAAGCUGAGUUUGAUACAUGUCAAGGUUUACAAGUAAUUAGAGGUGUUAAAACAUCUACACAAAUACUAGCGAUCGAUCUUUAUGAUGGAUAUUUAAAACAUACCUGCGUAUAAGUAAGGCUAUACGAUCUGUAACUUAUAGUACACCAGGCCCCAAUUUCACGGAGAAAAAAACAAACACUUAAGUAAUUUCUUAGUAUAGUCUGUUAUUUUAAAAUCAUGCUAUUGGUUAAGUUAUUGUUUUUUUUAACUUUUUUUUUCUAUAUCAAUGUAUUUAUACCUGAAUUUACCAUGGUUAGAAGUAUUUGUCUGCAGUAUUUAUUUCAGCCACAUAAAUAUGAUAUUUCUAAUUAAGCACGAUAGAACAAACUUAAGUAAUAGGUCUGGCCCACGAAAAAAAAACCUUAAGUAAUUGCUUAGCUCAGUCUGUUAUUUCAAAUGCUUGUUUUUGCCCUUUAUGCGUCUUCAAUGCUGACUUUUUCAUCUAUAUCAGAACUGUAUAUGACUAUAAUAACAUUUUUACAAUCUCGCGAAUAUGCUCAAUAUUUCAAAUUAGCUAAUUUUUGACCAUUGAAAAUAUAUGCUUUUACAGUAAUAAGUACUAUGACAACAGGUAUAUCAGCAGUAUCAAGUAAACGGAUCGAAUGGGGCACACAGGUAAGGCCCCAAAAAUUAUUUAUUUCCGUUAUCCCUACCUACCCCUCAAAAUUUGCUGCGACCCUAAAUAUCUUUAUGACGUUGGAAAAAAAAAUCGAAGGUUUUGCUACUUUUUAAAAAGAAAUACUUUUCGCUUUGUGUUGCUCUUUCUUCGUUGUAAAAAGAAAUCUACCUGCCUACCCUAUUUAUUUUUCAUUUUACCGGAAACAAUGUUGUUUUUUUUGCAAGCCUAAGCAAUCGGUGUCUCUGUAUAUAAGCCAGAUAUGACAUGCAAUAAUCACUUUGACUGCGAGAUAAGCGAGGAGUUGCCUUAGUUUCGGAACAACUCGCAUAUGAAAGUAGAUGGUAAAACACAAAUAGUUAUUGCAUCUCUAUAAAUUAGCUAUUUAAACAACUUUUUAGGAUUGUUUACAUUUAUCGUGACAUACGGAAGUUGCUUUACUUUCAUAUUUAAAAUUAUGGGAUCUGCGUCAUCAAGUAGCUAUAGUGGACAGCGGGAAAAGAAAACCAGUAGCAAGGUUCCAGAAACUGAAUCUUUUAACGAAGAAGAUGGAUCUUUUAAUGAAGAAGAUGACGCGGAAACAAUUGAGAAAAUCAUAGAAAGAAGCCUCGAUCGUCUUAAAUCGGCAUGGAACAGUAUUGCUAAGAUAAAAGGAAAUAAUACUUCUUCAAUUAGUGUUUCAGAUGCCAAGAGAGAAAUUCAGUAUAUUUUAGAUGUAUACGACAAAUUCUCGGACGAAUUGUCUAGACGAAAGUUACGAGACUAUCGCAAUGAUGUUGCUGAGCUGAUACUUGAGACACACAUGUUUGAUUUCUUCAAGUCAGUUGUGGAAAAAUAUCGAUGUGAAGAUAUUAAACCUGAGAAAAUUGGAGAGGAGAGUCGUAUGUUUUUUAUGUGUCUGUCUGUACUCUUUCGUUACUCAGAUGAUUCGGACACCAUGGCUAUUGAAGUCGCAAAAACCAAGGUUUUGGAAACGUGCAAAAAAGUGUUAGAGAUUUGUGUGAAAUCUCACAUCGAAAAGAAAUUGCAGCGUAUUGGUGAAGACAUUGCUUUCAUGUGUCAUGGGAUUGUUUACCAUGUUUCAAUGAGAGGUACUAACAUCGAACGUUUGCGAAAUCUAGGAUUUAUAAACGUUCUGUUGCCGUAUUUGAAGUCUCACAAAGAUAUAGUAAAGAUACCGUGUCUAGCCACACUUGCAAACAUCGUGAACGAAGAGGAGUGCGACAUCAUCAAAACGAACAUCCGUAGUGUGUCUCGCCUUCUGGACGUGAUGGCCGAAGGACUAAAUAAACCAGAUCGCACAUAUGAAGGAUGGUCCUGUAAGGAAUGUGCCAUAGCUAUUCGUAAACUGGCCAGAAAUGAUGCGAACAAGCAGAUUUUAUGGGAGUUAGACGUGAUUCCAUUGCUGGUUAGAUUCUCUCAAAUUAGUGAAGAAGAUGAAAAAAUAGAGGGUGUACUUUCUAUUUGGACCUUAGCCUUCAGUAAAGAUAUAAGAAAAGCUAUAACCGCAGAUAGGGAUCUGGGUGUUGUUGAUCUGCUUCUUGACCUGAAAAAGCAAGAAAAUACCGAGUUAAAGAACGCCUGUGAAAGAUGUCUCUGGACAUUGAAGGAUGAACUAAAAGCGUCCCCAGUAAAAGAAUACAAUGAAUCAGUCAUGGCGAUCCAGUGGCAACCAUCUUCAGAAGUAAAUGAAAAGAACGAAGGUCAUAUUAUGAUAUCCUAUCAGAGUGCGCACAGAGAUGUUCUGAUAAAAAUCAAGGAUAUAUUGAAAGAACAAAACUAUAAAGUUUGGAUGGACGUGGACCAGAUGGGAGGUUCAACACUUCAGGCUAUGGCAAAUGCUGUUGAAAAUGCCUCAAUUGUUUUACUGUGUUAUUCGAGGAAUUACAAGGACAGCCAGUAUUGCCAAUCGGAGGCAGAAUAUGCUUAUAAUCAACGAAAGCCAAUUAUACCCCUGAAGAUGGAACAAGGAUAUAAACCAGAUGGCUGGCUAGGUAUUUUGCUCGGGGAAAAGUACUUCGUAGAGUUCUCUGGGAAAUAUGACUUCAAUGACAAAGUAAAGGAUCUCUUUAAGGAAAUCAGAGGUACACUGGCACAGACGUCUUUGAAAACAUCUAAAGCACUGUCAUUAAAGGGAAAUGAGACAUUUCUGUCUAUUCAACAUGAAGAAGUAUAUACACCAGUAGCAAAUACAAUCAGGAAUCCAGACAAUGUAAACAUGAUGAAGAAAAUACGUCUAACACGCCAAUGGACCGAGGAUGACGUCAGCAACUGGCUGACAAAGUAUGGUUUACAGAACCAAGGCAUAGACGAUAUCACAGGCGAAGAAAUAUCCCUCUUAGCAAAGAUGCAUGUCGAGGCACCUGAACGGAUGUAUAAAUGUAUAAAGCGAGAAUUGGAGUUGACCUCACUGCUUGCAAGAUCAAGACUUGUUUGGGCUCUGUAUGAACUUGCCAAGUAAUAAUGAAUAGCUUGCCUUUUAGCUCACUGAAACACGGUUACAUUAUAUAAUUUAAUCUAAUAUUUGGUUGAGGUAUUGUUAUACCAAUGAGGGUAUCACUGCUUAGAAAUUAUCUUCCGUUUUCACACUGUGUAUUUUGCAUUAUUUGACCAUUGGCUUACUAAGUUUUGUGUUGGUAUACAAGAACAUAUAGUUACAUUUGCAUUUUCUAAUUUUAAUCACGUUUUUAGUUUUCGCAUUUAGCACUGUUUGCGGAAUAACCUGUAUCAAAUACUUUGUGUUACAGUAUGCAUCAUAUAACUAACUCAAGCAAUUUGAUGCUUUAAUUAUCAGUACUUUCAAUGUGUAUGUUUAAAGACUUCCUGAUUUAUUGUUAUCAACAUUUAUGGCUACAUUUAUUUGUAACCCUGUUUGAAAGUAAAAAGUAGUAUUAAUACUUCCCUAAGCUCAAGAAAAGUUAAGUAUAGAUAUGGUUCAAUAGAAAUAUGCAUCUGCCAUCUUGAAACGUCCAGUAAUUUUUGACAACAUUUGAAUAUAUUUAUUAAAUGAUCCUAAAGCAUAGUGUUUAAGCCAUCAUUGAAAGUACAAAGUAAAAUAAAACUGAACAUCAGUUUCAGGAGUAAAGAUAAGAAGGAAAUAAUUGUCAAAAAUUGAUCCGUAACAGAUGGCAUUUAACAAUCUAUAGCAUAAAUGCUUUCAAUAUUUACUAAACUAUAACGAGUUUUUACGUGAAUAAUCUAUUCAGAAGUCACCUGAAUAUGCUUUCAAUAUUUACUAAACUAUAACGAGUUUUUAUGUGAAUAAUCUAUUCAGAAGUCACCUGAAUAUGCUUUCAAUAUUUACUAAAAUAUAACGAGUUUUUACGUGAAUAAUCUAUUCAGAAGUCACCUGAUUUUUUUUUUUAUAAACUUGACAGUACCAUCGUCUUUGAUUUGGAUAAACCAUUUCUAUGCGCUUUACAUUUAAUUUGAUUGCUAACUAUUAUUAUAACCAAGAAUUAGAAUGUUGUAUUGAAAGAGAUAUGUCAUUAUAUUCUCCUAAGUUGUUUUUUGGGAUUAUCUAAGACAAAAUUCUUCAAACUGUUAACUGAAAUAUGCUUUAUAAUGAGUCCGCUCAAUUUUCAAUUUUCAUUAUUGAAUUUAACACUUCAUAAAAUAUAACUUUAGAAUAGUUCCUUUAUUAUACAUAAUAUCAUAUUCCACACCCAUGCUCCUAUGAAGAGAUUCGUAUGAGGCGACAGACAUGGUGGUAACGCUCAUAGUAAAAACAUUUUGUGAGUGUCCUUUGGUUUAUUAAUAAAUUCCUACGUAAGAAAUAUUCUGUUUUUUAAUAAAACAUUUUGAUUCCACAACACAAAGCAACAAAUCAAAUUCAGCUUAUACUUAGACAAUGAGUUUCAUACAUGCUAUCAUAUGCAAAUAUUUGGUAUUGUUGGUUUGAUGCCUCCACUCCGUUUAUCAAUUCGGGAUCCUGCGAUAGCUUAAAAGUACCAGAUAUAUUUUCAUAAAACUUGGUACAUGGAUAAAAAAUGGAAAAAAAUAUAUAUGCUAUGGCAACACAUGACAAAAGUGGCAAAAUUGGAUCCUACACAAAGUUUUAAAAAGUACUUUUCACGAAACUGGCCUGACUGGUUCAAGGCUGAUAUCGCUGAAACUAUAAAAUCUAGGGAUUACGCUUAACUAUCUGGUGACAUGGUUCAGUAAAAAUCUUAACUUCGGAAGCUAAAAAGUUGUUUUAUGCAAAUGUCAUUAGUAGCAAUAAAAACAAUCCAAAAGAUACUGCGGAAAAACCUCAAAGAUUUGUCUGGCAAAAGUGUCUACUAUCAAACAAAUUUAGUUCAUGAUAAACAUGGCGUACCAGACAUUAAUAGCAGCAGAAACAUUUAACAAUUAUUUCUCAAAUGUUUUCAAAUCUGCACCAAGUAUACAUGGAGACUUUAGUGAACAAAACUUUGAAGUUAUUAAAAGCUGUGUAGACAGUAAUUUAAAAGUGAACAGCAGGGACAUUUGUGAUACCAGAAAUAACAAAAGUUUUUAUAAAAAAAUGAACUUAAAUAAUUUAAUCCUAGAAAAUCAACUGGUCUUGAUGGAUUGUGGCCUAAAGUUUUGAAAGUAAGUGCUGAUAUAAUAACAAAACCAUUAAUCAUUAAUCUUAGCAUAAACAAGGGUAUAUUUCCUUUGAUUUUCAAAAUCGCUAAAGUAACAUCUUUAUUUAAGAACGGCUCAAAAUCAGAAAUAAGUAACUAUAAAAACCAAUAUACUGCCAGUUCUCUCAAGAGGCCUCCGUGGCCGAGUGGUUAAGGUCGCUGACUUCAAAUCACUUGCCCCUCAUCGAUGUGGGUUCGAGCCUAACUCGGGGCGUUGAAUUCUUCAUGUAAGGAAGCCAUCCAGUUGGCUUACGGAAGGUCGGUGGUUCUACCCAGGUGCCCGCUCGUGAUGAAAUAUUGCACGGAGGGGCACCUGGGGUCUUCCUCCACCAUUAAAGCUGGAAAGUCGCCAUAUGACCUAUCCUGUGUCGGUGCGACGUUAAAUCCAACAACAACAAAAAGUUACACUGAUAGAACACAUUGGGAGGAAGUGCAGUGUGCAAGAACAAUAACUCUACCUUGCCUAUUUUUUUAGUUAUUCCCCUUUAUCAUAUUUUCUUAAAAAAUUUUGUCCGGAGCAUAUCUUCUAAAUGCAUGGAGGCAUUUUAAUAUAUCUUGGCACAAGUGUUCACCACCACGAGGCGGAGUGUCGAGCGGAAGAACCAGGUCCCUAGGUCUAAGGUCAAGGUCACACUUAGAGGUCAAAGGAUACAAGAAUGAAAACCUUGUCCGGAGCAUUUCUUCUUCAUGCAUAAAGGGAUUUUGAUAUAACUUGGCACAAAUGUUCACCACCACGAGGCGGAGUGUCAUGCGCAAGAUCCAGGUCCCUAGGUCUAAGGUCAAGGUCACACUUAGAGGCCAAACGUCAGAUACAAGAAUGACUUUGUCCGAGGCAUUUCUUCUUCAUGCAUGGAGGGAUUUUGAUGUAACUUGGCACAACUAUACACCAUCAUGAGACGAAGUGUCAUGCGCAGUUCCCUUCUUUAGAAUUACUUCCCUUUGUUGUUACCUUAAAUAGCUUUUAUUGUAACUUUUUCAUUACUUGUCGUAGGGAAAAAUCGAGACCACUUUUCUGUAGUACAACAUGCAUGCUACAUCCAAUUUUGAGGUGUAUUUUGACCAAUCUCUACCUGGUAAAGAUUUUUGUGUGGACUUACAAUUUUUUUAAGAUUAACUUCCCUUAGUUGUUACUAUAAAUAACUUAUAUUGUAACAUUUUUAUAAUUGACCGUAGGGAAAAAACAAGACCACUUUUCUGUGGUACAACAUAGAUGUUACUUUCCAAUUUUAGGUGUAUUUUAAGGUAUCUCCAUCUGGUAAGGAGUUUUUUUUGUGGAUUAGAAAAACAACAGACUUACAAUGAUUACUAAACAACCACAAAAUUAAAAUUUCAUUUGCAAAUACAGCUGCUACAGUAAAGAUAUUUGCUGUGACGGGCGUAUAUUGUGACAUUCUGGCACUCUUGUUCCCUGUUAGCUUUCCAUUCCUUCUUUUUACAGGAGCCAUAUAAAAAAAAACAUCAUAGCUAUACUGUUCAUGAAAAUUAAUAAAAUUUAGCAGUAAACCAC